ACGGAAAAAUUGGCUCAAUUCGUUUUUUUUUCAAAUAUAAAAUCACAAUCAUUAUUGCCCGGAUUUAUUGGUUAUUGGCAAAAUCAUUAUCAACGAAAAAAUCAUCUUAAAAUGUCACUAUCAACAAUGUUGGAUAAAUUGAAUUCAGAACGUUCACCAUCAUCAUUAUCAACAUAUUCAAAUGAUUCAUAUCAUAUGCAAAGAGGUGGCUAUGAUCGUGGCCGUUCACCAUCGCCAACGGAAUUUUUUCGUGCUAAAAUUGAAAAUUAUGAUCAUAUUUGGAGCCGUGAACAUGAAUUAAAUGAAUUCAUUCAUAAUGGUAUACAGAAAUUUUUGGACAAACAAGCUGUUCGUGAUCUUAUACAUGCAUAUGAUUUGGAAGAUAUUUUCGUUCAUGGUGAAGAACAUUUCUUUGAAAAUGUAUUUGAAGAUUUUGACAAUUCAAAAACUAUGGAUGAAUUAUCAUUGCAAAAGAAUCAAAAAGGAAAAUUCGCACAACUAAUUGAUGUUUACAAUGGUCAAAUAUUUAAAGUGGUUAAUCAAUCAAAAAAUAUAAAAGAUAAACAGCAACAGAAACAACAACAAAUAGUUGCCGUACACAAAACGAAUCGAUCAUUUUUUAGUAUUUUUACAUCAGUAUUAAUUGAAUUGUUUGGCAUAAAAACCAGACAUCUGGCACAUCAACGUCGUGAAAGUGAUCAAUUGAAUGCAAUGCUUGAAAAUCAAUCGAAAGAAAAUAAUCAAAAUCAAAAUGGUCAGCUUAAUCUGGUUUAGAAUUUUACAACGAUAAAAUAAUAAUAAUGGCAAAUUGAACUUUAACCAACCAUCAAACAUAUCUUUAAUUCCUGGCUCAUCGCACGUUGUCUCUUAUAUCUAUCCAUAUAACUUUCUGUAUGAUAUCAAUCGAAUCAUUCAAUCACUGAGUCAAUGUCCUAGAUUAGUAAAUUUCCGUAUUGAUAAAAAUGUUGAUGAUAAAUUCCAAAUACACACACACACAGACACAAUGCAUAAAAGUUGAAAAAUUAUUC